AGGGAGUGAGUUCCUGCUGUUGGGCGCCGCCCCGCCGCGCGCCCACCCUCGGCGCGCCGCCUGCGAUGGCCUCUGCGGCGCCGUGGCCGGUGGACAGCAUCGAGCAGAGGAGGGACGGGACCCUGGCCGUGAAGUGGGCCGAGGCCGACCUCACGGACACGGUGCUGGCGCAGUUUGUGGACUCCCGCCUGGGCGUGCUGCUCGACAUGCUGUCUGGCUCUCGAGACGCUGCGGAUGACGCCGCGGUUGAGUGCACCGUGGACCUCUCGGGCAACCGGCUGCAGGGACCGGCGCCGCUGGCGGGGCUGCUGCGGCGCCUGUCCGAGGCGAAGGUCCACACGACGGUGCUCCGGCUGCACAAGAACGAGUUCACGGACGUCGCCGCCGCGGUGCUCGCGGAGCACAUUCAGCGCGCGGCAGCGGACGGCCUGCCAGUGAUGCAGCUGCACCUUAGCGGCAACGCCUUCACCGCCUCUGGCGUGGAGACGCUGAUCAGGGCCGCGCACACUUGCGGCGGCUACCCGCGGAGCGGCCCCCCCGGCUGAAGAGCCUCGGCCCCGCGGACAGCGGCCGGCGCGCCCUCUGGCUGCGGACGGAGCACCAGGUGCCGCCCGUGGUGGACCCGGAGGGCCUCCUGCGCAAGUGCAGCGCGAGCGGCCACCCGGUGUGCAGGGCCCAGAGGACGUGGCUGUGCCACCGACGGCUGUUGUGCAGAUGCACUUCGGCUUCACCCAGCCGUUCCCGGAAGCAGCUGGAGGAGGAAAGGGCAAAGAGCCUUGGCGCCCAGAGAAGGGAGCGUACGGCAAGAACUUCGACAAAGGGAAAGGCAAUGCGAAGGACGGCCUGUUCAAAGGAGGCAAAGCGAGCUGGGCCAAAGGUGGCACAGGUCUCCCCGAUAAGGGCUUCGGAAAAGGCAAAGCCAGCUACGCCAAGGGCAAGGCCUUCUCUUCCGACCAGGUGCCUGCGGCGGCGGCACCAGCGCCAGCACCAGAAAAUGGAGCACAUGCGCCACGCAAGGGAGCGCCAGUUUCGGGGCCACAUGGCGGGGCGCCUGCGCCAGGCCCACGCAAAGGGGCGGGCUGCUACAAGACCGAGCUGUGCACGUUCUUCGAAAGGGGGAUGUGCAACAAGGGCGCCAGCUGCCCGUUCGCUCACGGGCACCUCGAGCUGCGAGGCGGCGGCGGCAGCGGCGCCGCGGCGGCG